UUCACUACAUUUCCAUAACUUCACUUUUCACGAGCUCAUUCUCUCUUCACUAUGGCUGAAAAAGUCCACCCUGGCGUUGACUCACCGCCUCAUUUGCCACCGCCUCAGUCGAAACAUGCCGCUGCUCCGGGGAGCACUUAUGUUAUUCAGCUUCCGAAGGACCAAAUCUACCGCCGUCCGCCGCCGGAGAACGCCGAACGCAUGAAAAAGCUCGCCAAAACCAAUCGCCGCCGCAGCAAUCGCCUCUGCAGGUGCCUCGGCUACACUCUCGCCGCCGCGAUUCUCCUCCUUAUCCUCCUCGGAAUCGCCGCCGCGGUGUUUUACUUCGUCUACAAGCCGGAAUCGCCGAAGUACACCGUCGAUUCGAUCGCAAUCACCGGCUUCAAUCUCUCUUCAUCUCGACCUAUGUCGCCGGAGUUCGACGUCAGCAUCAGCGCGAACAAUCCGAACGACAAAAUCGGAAUCUACUACGAGAAGAAAAGCUCCGUACAAGUCUACUACUCCGACGAUCGUCUCUCCGCCGGAGUUCUCCCCGUCUUUUAUCAGCCGGUGAAUAAUGUAACGGUUUUCAAAACGGCUCUAAGAGGAAACAACAUUGUGUUAUCACGUGCCGAUCAUUCAGAACUAUUAACGGCGCAAACGGAGAAGAAAGUACCGUUAAAGUUAAACUUGAAAGCGCCGAUCAAAAUAAAAGUAGGCGGCGUUAAAACGUGGACGAUAAACGUGAAAGUGAAGUGUGAUUUGACGGUGGAUAGUUUAACGGCGAAAUCAAAGAUAGUUUCAAAACAUUGUGACUAUAGUGUUAAGUUGUGGUAGACUACUACUAACAUUAUUUAUUUGGAUUGGUUGUUUUUCAAACGGUUCCAAGUCAAAUUACACACAAUUUUAUUGUUUGUUUAGGUGGCGUUUGUGCAUGUAUUGUGUUAUUAUAUAGUUGAUCGUUGAAUUGGUUUUA